CUAAGCUCCAUCGUGACCACCGUCCGUCACGGUUUUCCCCGAGCGGUCACCUUGCGGAUCGCCGUGUUUCACACGGACCUUUUUCGCUGCUGCACGUUUCCGCCUGACGCAGCUGGGGGAACAGCAUGGCCGGAGGUCAGGGAAUCAGACUGGCAGGUCUCGUCACAAAGCUUUUAAAUGUGACCAAACGGACACAUUUAACGGUUGGAAGUUUGGCUUCAGCUCGUCCCAUGUCCACCACCACUGGGUCCUCAUAUGAGGAUGCGAACUGCAAAGUUGAAAUAGGAUUGACGCCAGAUGGUAAAACUAUAGUCUGUUACCACCCAGCUGUUGAAUUCCCAUACGAGCUGUCCCAGCCCAUUCCACGACCUGACCCCCUGUCAAACCCAGCGGAAACACAUGACCAGGUUCUGAAGGCUCAUUUGAGUAUGGAAGUCCCACAGAACAAGGCGGGUCCCACCAUUGAGGAGCUCAGUAAAAUGUUCUUCACAACAAAGCAUCGUUGGUACCCCUAUGGGCAGUAUCACAGAAGACGCAAGAAGCUGAAUCCUCCCAAAGACCGAUAGUCCAAGACUCACCUGUAAUAUGUAAUAUAAACUAUAAAGACCACAUGACAUUUUCUUAAAUAAACAGUGAAGUUGUGCAGUUAAUAAGCAAA